AGGUUUUUAUUUAUUUUCGAAGGAAAAUUAUCGCGUUACUCGCUGAUUUAGCGUAUGAAAAUUGCGAGUGUGACUUGAAGUUUGUUUUGGACGCGAAACGUGAUUGAUAAAGUGGGGGUGUGUGUGUGUGUGCGUGAUAUGCUCUGAAUGGCGUCCAUGGCGCGGCCGAUCGGAACGGCGACAGUGCGCGCACUUAAAGGCCGGAAACUGAUUCCCACGAGGGCGGCACUCGUGCUCACCAAAGCCGCCGUCGACAGAGUCAAGGAGCUGACGCGGGAAGAACCCGGCGUCCUUGGACUCCGCAUCGGCGUCAAGCAGCGCGGCUGCAACGGACUCUCGUACACGCUUGAAUUUGCCAAGGAGAAGGCCAAGUUGGACGAAGUCGUGCAACAGGACGGAGUGACGGUCUUGAUUGACAAGAAGGCGCAGCUGAGCCUGCUGGGCACGGAGAUGGACUACGUGUCCACCACUUUGUCCUCGGAAUUCGUGUUCAACAACCCGAACAUCCAGGGCACUUGUGGCUGCGGCGAGAGCUUCAACCUCUAG